AUGCCGGACGUACACGUGUACGAAGUACUUGGUUCGAGGACAUGGCAUGCGCCUUGCGUGAGGCUUGAGCCUCCUUUAAAGGGGGCCGCACUGCCACACGGAAACACGGAAACAGAACACGGCCACACUGCCAUAGAGAUCCAGCAGGUCGUAGUGGUGUCUGAAGUACUUCGGACCUCCUCCUACUACCCGGAGUACGCGGUGCUCGUACUCACUAAAGAGUCGGAGAGCAGACCAGACCAGAGGAGCCAAAACAAAAACGGCCGGGCUUCCCCCUUUUCACAACCACUCCCACCGAUCCCACCACCACCACAGAGCUGCGGCUACUACAGUACGUACGCUAUCACUCACUACCUAGGAAGAGGAAAGAUGGCCAUCCCGCCAUCUGCAAUACUUCGUGUGCUUGAGGACUCCAGCUCGAAUGCUGGAGGAUUCCUUCCGCCUUUGCCCCGGCCCCUUCCACCACCAGCCAGACCCGCCAUUUCACUAAUAGCUACAUAUGCUGCUCCACCACUAAGCUUAAUGUCCUUCCACUGGAAUGGCUUUGCAUGGCCACAAACGCGGCGCGCGGGCUGCCUAGGCCUAUUUGGCGCUCCCUGGACAGAUCUUCCUCGACUGGGACGAGGACGGGACUGGGACGGACGCCCACCCUGGCAGCUCUGGGACCCUGACGCCGAUUUGCUUUUUCCUCUGGCCAGCAACAACCGCAGCCGCGUCCAGAACCGCGUCCCUCUGAUUAUUGCCUCUAUUGCUUUUGCCCCAGCCAGCCUUUCCGCUCUUUUCAAGGCUGCCCCUCAAUUAGGACUAAUCGUGAUCUGUCCGUAG